GUCAUCCUUGCACCUUUUUUUGUAUCGAUUUUACGUUGCUGCUCUUCCCGUGCUCUAACAAAGUUAAACAUUUUAGUCCACGGCAGUACAAUCACUUGUUUCAGAUACAAUGAGGACCAUACUUCUUUUCAACUGCUUGAGUCUACUAGCCCUCAUGAUCCUGACUUCAACUGAAGCUGAAUCCGGCAACUCCUCCCAGACACCUUCUACCAAUUCAAAAACUGUCUCCACGGCUACAUCAGCUCGUCCUACCCCCACAAACGCAAGCUUGCCAGUUGCACAAACAACAAAUGCCACAGAAGCAUCAUCCACACACUCAACAAGCACACGCGCUGUAACAACUACACAGAGCCCAGUAACCCCCACCAGCUCCCCUGCUACCUCAACUACACCUCCCAGCAAACCAGCCACAAAACACACCAGUGCUGCUCCCACGCCUUCCUCUACUGGUGAUUCACAUCCCACCUCCGGAAAUGUGAAGACCGUAGUGAUUCUGCUGGUGGUGGUAGUGGUGCUGGUUCUGGUGCUGGUACUGGGCUUCAGGUGGGCUUCUCGCCAGAGCGGCCCCGUGGGGGACAGAGCUCGCAGCUGCUCCCAGGGCCUGCAACAGCGACUCGUGCUGGUCGUCGCGGCGAUCGAAGGAUGCCUGGGCCUCAGUCUGUGCCCUCGGCAACGCGGGCAGGACGAGGAGGCUGGAGACGAACAGGAGGAGAUGACGGAGAACAAUGGAGAGGCGGGGAUGGGGUUGGGGGCAGGGUCCCGGAAGGACCAGGUGGAGAACCAGAGAGAGGAAGAGAAAGACGAGGAAGAGGAGGAAGAGAAGAAAGAAGACCAAGGGGAGGAAAGUGGGGACUCCUCUGAUGACUACUCCAGUUUGGAGGGUGUGGAUCUUAGGGAGCGCGCUAAACAGAGGGAGGAGGGGGAGGACGGGGAUAGUGAGAAUGAGGCUGAAGGGGAGGCGGGCGCAGCUGAGGGGGAGCUCAGCUUAGUCAACUUGGAGGAGACUAGUGAGGGAGCGGAGGAUAAAAUAAAGGACAAUGAUCUUACUGUGCUCUGAGGUGACUAGGAAUGACAGUUGGCGUUCUACUUUUCUUUUUACGUCUGAUAUUUUUCUUCAACAACUUGAAUUCUGCCUUUUUUUAACUGACAUGUAAUAUUAACUGUUGUCAUAACUAAUGUCGUUUUUUG